UACGACGAGCAUCCGUGGUAAAUGGUGGCCGGUGUAGGAUUCGAGCCUCGGUCACUCCAUUGAACUCUUAAAUUUUAGUAAGGGAGCCCCUCAGACCCUACUGUCCAAUGAGAGCUACUGUAGUGACCACCCAGAUGGCGCUCUACCACUUGCGCCAUCCCGGCCACCUGACGGUUAUAUUUGUCUUGUCAAGUAUUAUUAUUGUUAUUAGUUCUAUACUCCCCGUCACCCCAAUGGUAUGGGGUGCUGCAGCUAAAUACAUGAGGAAAACCUUGGCGUCGCUAAGCAAGCGCCGGGAUGAAAAACCCCCUGUUCCAGCACUGAAGCUUACCAUUGCCUGGAUGUCCUCCGGUACCAUUUUAUUGAAGCCUGCCUGAGCAGGGCUUGCUGUGUGUUUGAUUGUGUCCCUAUGUCUGUAACGCGUUCUCUAUCUCCUCGAUUUCCAAUUCUUUAGC